UUUUUUUUAAAGAGGGGGGGUUUGUGGAGGAGGUGGAAAAUGACCAUAUCUGACAUGGAGGCGGUGGCUUCUUAGGGCACGUCUUAUGAACUCGAAGCGCUAUUGGCGAAAGGGGUAGUAAGGGGGAGGUUGAUUGGUUAAGGAGCGCGUGCGUGGGCUGGUGAGGCUAGUGAGUGCGGGGGCUGAGAGGAGGUGAGACGAAGGGAAGGGGAUGUAAUAUAGUGUUUUUCUUGCGCCAGUGACGGAUCCCGCUUGGAGGAAAAGGUGCUGUUCUGAACCUUAAGAAUCAUAUAGAGGUGAAAGAGCAUCACUUUGUCUCGAUUCUUCAUUCAACUCUACCUUUCUAAGAGGAAAAGAGCUGAUAUCAUGGCUUCAAAUUCGGGAAUUGUCCCUGAUGAUGGUGAGAGCAGCAAGAAUCCUACACUGGAGAGAUGCCUCAAUGUGCUUAGAGAUGCAAGCAACGAUAGCGAACAGUUUGCUGCUCUGCUUCUGGUGACCAAAGCAGCAAAAGCUGGAGAAAUCAAUUCCAAAACCCGCCGGAGGAUCUUUGACGCGGUUGGUUUCACAUUCCCAAACAGGCUUCUGACGUCUAAGGAUGCCCCUGAGGGCUGCACACAGCACACAUUCCAAGCCCUGGGCCUCACCCUGUUGGCCUGCUUCUGCACCGAUCCAGAUUUAGCUCGGCAUCCCCAGGUCCUUAACAAAAUCCCGGUUUUCAAUGAUGUGAUUUCAACUUGCAAGCCAGGAGAUGCUUCCUGUAAUGCCAUGAUUGAUGAUGCUUAUCAGUGCCUCAGGGCUAUCAUGGCCACUCCAAAGGGUCCCAGAGAGUUGGUGAACAGGGGCACUGUCCCAGCACUGUGCAGGGCUUAUGUGAAGCAUGGCUAUGGCUUUGAUCAGGCCUUUAAGCUGCUUGUGGGGCUUCUGAUCGCAGCCGAAGCAAAGUGCUGGCAGAGAGCCACUGUUGACCUCAUGGGGGUGCUGAACGUACUUAGUCUAGAAUUCCAGAAGGCUGAAGACAUGACCAAAUUCCAGCUGUGUGAAGUGCUGCCCCGCUUCAUCCCUCCCCUUCUCUCGCCCAACACCGAAUGCCUCCUGCCCCUCUACCGAGGCCUGGCUAGCAUCCUGACCAGCAAGCUGAGCACUUCCCAGCGGGACCCUGCCUUGAAGCUGGCAGCCUGCCUGUCACAAGCCUGUGGCUCAGAGUGGAUCCAAGGAGGGGGUGCUGGCAGCAAGUUCUUUGCCUUGCUGUCCAACCUGGCGUGUGUCGAAGUCCGCCUGACUCUGGAGGAGUUGGAUCUGGCAGAGGUGGACAAGAAGCAGGAGCUGAUGGCUGCUUGCUACGUUCUGAUGGAGACGGCAAUUAUGGAGUGCACAAAAGAGAAAGGUUCUUUGCUGCUGGAGACGCAGAAAGUGCAGCUGGUGGGGAUCCUGGAGGAAGCCUUCGGGGCUGUCAUACACUACUUGAGACAGGUAGGGCGAAAGAAGCUGGACGACCCUUUCAUCUUUGCCUCCGUUCGAAUCCUUGGGGCCUGGUUGGCUGAAGAGACAUCUUCCCUCAAGCAAGAGAUCUGUGACCUUCUGCCUUUCCUCAUCUACUAUGCCAAGAUGCGGUUUGAGGAGGAGAAGAGAGUCAGAAGUAGUUUGCAGCAGGAGGCAGAGCAGGCUGGGCAAAGCAGCAUCCAGCCUCCUGUUUGGCAAGGAGAUGCUAUAAGAUUCCUCUUACCUGGCUUAAGCCACUUGACUGCAGAGGAUCGACCCCGUGGAAUCCUCAUUUCAGAGGGGGCGCCAGUACUCCUGUGCCAAUAUUUCUUGUACCGGUGGGAGAUAUUUGUUUCAAAUACAGAUACCCUGACUACAUCGACUACUGUGGAAACCAGCCUUCAGACGUGUUGUGAAAUUUUCCUUAAUUUGGUUGUGACUGCUCCAGAUUUAAUCAGCCGAGAAGAUUGCUUUGCGACCUUAAUGGACACAUUGCUGAAGUCCCUUCCUUCUCUGCUGCCACAGAGAGAACAUCUCGGCCUGACAGCCAAUGUGGCAACACUGGGACUCAUGAUGUCCAAGAGGCUGUUUGCUUACCCAGGUCUGCAGGGGACUCCAGAAUCUGAGGGCUUCUUUGAUGCUGCCAUCCGCUUCCUGGCAGAAGCCCACGUGGCCCAGACUGACCUCGACGGGGAGAAGGUGACCAUGAGUGUUUCUCCAACCUAUAAGGCGGCCUGGCCAGCCAUCCGUGAGUUGUGGUUUCUGGGCAUGCAGGCUUUCGCUAGCUGCGUGCCCCUCUUCCUGUGGCUGCCGCAGGACGUCCUGCGCUCCGGCUGGCUUCAGGAGCUGCUGGCCUUGCUGGGCCGCGUGGCACCGUCGUCCGUAGACUUGGAAGUUGUCCGUGCUUUCCAAGGCAUCCUGGUGGAGCUGGCCCGAGCUAGCCAGCCGUGUUUGGAGAUGAUCCAACAGCACCGGGGUUUGGAAAUGGCCAGCCUGUAUGGCAUGGCUGCCUUGGAACAAUGUCUCUCUGAGCAGUGAGCAGUGCUCAGAACACGUUGUGGUCGGGUGGGGGGAAAUGUUUUCCCUGAAGCAGUUUUUUAUCAUCCUGUUUCAUGCAGAUGGAUGAUCUUCUUAAUCAGUAGGGCAUGGGAUGUGUCGGGCACCUCUUCCCAGAUGGCUGCACAAAGUUUUAAAACAAAAUAUGAUGUCUCAUAAAGCAUGUGUCCUAGCUCUCUGUGAUAUCGUAGAGUAACAUGAAACAAUUGCACAAAUGUAUGCCAGUGCACGUUAGUGCUGUUCAGUUGACUCUAAUGCACUGUGGAAAAAGCUAGUUUUCCUCUAGAGGGGAGAGUAAACAAAUGCUAAAGGAACUUUGGCGGCAUUCUAGCGUGGAAGGGAAGGAAUGUUUUUAACUAUGUAUAGUGAUUGUUUCCAAGGUGUCCUUUUGCUACCUUAAUCAGGCUUCAGGGUAGACUUAAGUAAUGCACUUAUGAAGGGCAUACUGGAUAGACUUCUGGCCAUCUAAUUAUUGAUUACCUCAGGACUGUGCCAUUGUUGGAGCUCUUUUCUUGAGGAUACUAUUUAUUUACCUAUUUAUUUAUUUAUUUGAAUAUUCAAUUUUUAAGGAUACAAAUUCUUCCUAGGCAGCUUACACGUAACAUUGAAGUACAUUGAUAAAAUCACAGUGAAACAGUAUUGAAUAACAUACAAGCCUUUGGGAUCCUU